AACACUCUUGCCAGUUGAUGCCACCUCGGGAGGGCUUGCCAAGUAGCCUCUGUUUUCUGUCCUCUCUGAGAGGCAGCACUGGGUGGCAGCUCCAGACAACCGUUACACUGCAAACAUCUUUCUUUCAGCACUGGCAGCAGCCUGAUGCCUCAGAAGAAGAACCCUGAUAGCCUGGAACUGAUCCGCAGCAAGGCUGGACGUGUCUUUGGACGGCUGGCUUCAAUUCUCAUGGUUCUCAAAGGACUCCCAAGCACCUACAACAAGGACCUGCAGGAGGACAAGGAGGCUGUCUUUGAUGUUGUGGACACCCUGACUGCUGUGCUCCAGGUUGCCACUGGGGUGAUCUCUACCCUCCAGAUCAGCAAGGAGAACAUGGAGAAGGCUCUGACCCCUGAGAUGCUGUCUACUGACCUGGCUCUCUACUUGGUUCGCAAAGGAGUGAUGAUCAGUGUGGGUCAACAAACACGAAAGCUGGAAACCCAUUCUUUACAUGUAUCCCAAGUAGUGGAACUGCUGCCGGGUGGACUUGAUAGUAAUUUACAGAUGCCAUUCAGACAAGCCCACACUGCUUCGGGGAAGGCCGUCCACCUUGCUGAGAGCAAAGGCAUUGCCCUCAAUAAUCUCACCCUGGAGGACUUGAAGAGCAUCAGCCCCCAGUUCAGCAGCGACGUCUCCCAGGUCUUCAACUUUGUCAACAGCGUGGAGCAGUACACUGCCAUGGGCGGUACCGCCAAGAGCAGCGUGACUACCCAGAUCGAGCAGCUGAGGGAGCUGAUGAAGAAGCAGAAGGAACAAGCUUAAGAGUGUGGGGAGAUUUCCCGUGGAUGCAGCAUUGUGCUUAUCACACUAAUGCAGAGUUAAUAAACACUGUGGUGUAUUGUAGUUCACUGAAA